AUGUCCGAUAACCUCCUCGCCCCAGAUCCCGUCAAAGCUACUGGUCAACUUCAUGUGCCCGGAUUCACUCCUAGUGCAACACCUGAACCUCCUCAUCGUCACCAUGUUGUGAAAAAUACAGCGGGUUACGAAGAUAUCGUCUUUGAGGGCAAGAAAACCCAAGCCUUGAACGUUGAGGAGAUCGUCGGAAAGAGUGGUUUUGUUCCCCAGAAUUUGGUUCACAACGAGGUUGCUUGGUUCUACAACAACCUCGGCAUCGAUGACCAGUAUUUCCGCAUGGAAAGUGCGGAGACUGUGGCAGAGCACGUCACAUCUUUGUACGGGGCCAAGAUUCUCGCCUGGUCUCGUCAUCAGAAGCAGCUCGAUAUCAAUCUUGAAAAGGAGACCGAAACAAAUGCAGUUUACAUUCACUCUUCCACUCCCGGGGUGUCUGACCCGUCGACCAAUUUCGAGGCUAGGAUUGACGAAAAAUUCUUAGACAUUCCAAUGAAGGACGGCACGUUCAGGUUAGAAACCUAUCGAUCAGCUGGUAAUGUGGCUUCCAACGUGGCCCAGCAAUUACGGUGCUACUUCGUAACCAAGUGCAACUUUGUCAAUCCAUCACCGGAUGCGAAAUCUGCUGAUUACUCAGACAUCCGAAAAGUUUCUGAUCAGACCUUUUUAUCCAAGGUUUCCCCGAACACGCUCGAGAUUUAUCAAUCAUUGAUGCAAGCUGCCUUGACUCGGACGGGUCCAGUUGUCGAGUGUUACGAGGUCGAAGGCAACACUCUGGAGCGAAGGGUGGUGAUUGCCUACAGACACGCUAGUACCAACCACUUCUUUAGUGCCAUGAGUGAUUUGUAUCACUUCUAUGGCCUCUACAGUACCCGAAAAUACGUUGAACGGUUCAGUAAUGGCAUGACCAUUAUUUCUAUCUAUUUGCAUUCCCUUCGUGGCCCUCCUAUCGAGUCCGCAAUCACCCAAGUCAUUCGCGAGGCAUCAUUAGUCUUCUGUCUUCCCAACAAUCCGUUUUUCCAGCCAUCGACACACCAUGCAGUUCAGGAAGCCGCCUAUGCAUACUGUGCUUCAAUCUUUUCGCAGCACUUUCUUAAUAGACUGGGACCUUCAUACCUUGCCCUCAAGGGUCUCCUGAACGAGUCAGAUCCGAUGCAAGCCGGCGUCCUUAACGACAUUAAAAGAAGGUUCAGAGAAGAGACUUUCACCCGUCAGAGUAUUACCGAAGUCGUCUUGGCUUAUCCUUCAAUUAUCCGAUUACUUUACGUAAACUUUGCCUUGGUUCAUUACAUCAAUGCAUCUUCAUCACGGCAACAGUUGAUGCCCACCUUAUCUUACCAGAGACUGCAAACCGGAACACCUUUGACUGAUGAAGAGUUGUAUGCAAAUAUUCGCAAAUCCGCCUCCAAUUCGCAUGAUCUUCAAGUCUUGGAAAGCUUCCUGGUGUUCAACAAACACAUCUUGAAGACCAACUUUUACACUCCGACUAAAGUUGCACUUUCUUUUAGAUUGGAUCCGGCAUUCCUACCGGACGCCGAAUAUCCCAUGACGCCGUAUGGACUUGUGAUGGUAGUCGGUUCGGACUUCAGAGGGUUCCAUCUAAGGUUCAAAGAUGUUGCGCGAGGUGGGAUCCGAAUUAUUCGUAGUCGGAACAAGGAGAACUAUUCGAUCAACCUUCGACAGCAGUUCGACGAGAACUACAACUUGGCAUUCACUCAAUCCUUAAAGAACUCGACCAUCCCGGAGGGAGGUGCUAAAGGAACGAUCCUACCCGAGCUGGAAUCAAAUCCUAGGGCAUGCUUCGAGAAAUAUGUCGAUGGUAUCUUGGAUCUCUUGAUCCCUGGUCAAUCGCCUGGGAUUAAAGAUCCAAUCGUUGAUCUUUACAAUCGGCCGGAGGCUCUGUUCUUUGGUCCUGAUGAGGGAACUGCGGACAUGAUGGAUUGGGCUGCAUUGCAUGCCCGAGAAAGAGGCUAUGAUCAGUGGAAGAGUUUUACUACCGGAAAGAGCGCCGGUCUAUUAGGCGGUAUCCCUCAUGAUGCCUUCGGUAUGACCAGUUUGUCCGUUCGGCAAUUCAUCGUCGGCAUCUACCGCUCAUUAGGCCUCAAAGAGACCGAGGUCACCAAAAUUCAAACAGGGGGUCCUGAUGGAGAUUUAGGAUCAAAUGAGAUCUUGUUAUCCAAAGAUAAAACGAUUACGAUCAUUGAUGGUAGCGGUGUGAUACAUGACCCAAAAGGAUUGGAUCGGAGUGAACUAGUCCGUCUUGCCCAUGCUCGGCAGAUGGUUAGUAAAUUUGAUUCGAGCAAGUUCAGCAAGGAGGGAUACUUUGUCUCCGUCGACGCCAACGAUGUUGUUCUACCCAGCGGCGAGAUCAUACCUGAUGGAACCGCUUUCAGAAAUGACGCUCAUUUCCGGUACAAGGCUGACAUCUUUGUUCCCUGUGGUGGCCGACCCGAGGCCAUCAAUGUGGGCAAUGUGACAAGAAUGUGGGAUGCUGAAGGCAAGCCGAACGUGAAGUAUAUCGUUGAGGGUGCGAACUUGUUCAUCACCCAGCAAGCCCGUCUGGUGCUCGAGAAGAAGGGUGUCGUGUUGUUCAAAGAUGCUUCUGCGAACAAAGGAGGCGUCACUUCGUCUUCCUUGGAGGUCUUGGUUGGCCUUGGAUUAGAUGACAAGGAGUACCUCGAAUUAAUGACGUCGCAAAACUCACCAGGGUUCUCGGAAUUCUAUACGAAUUAUGUCCGAGACAUCCAACGCACGAUCACGAUGAAUGCGGCGGCGGAGUUUCAAUGUAUAUGGAAAGAAUCGAUGAAUGGGCAGAAGCCACGAGCGGUGAUCACAGAUGAAAUCGGAAAGAUCCUCAUGAAGCUGCAGACCCAAUUAGAGGAAUCCGAUCUCUUCGACAACCUUCCUGGUAGAAAGGCCGUCCUUAAACAGGCCAUCCCGAAAACCUUGAUUAGCAAAGUCGGCUUGGAGACGCUCAUGACUCGGCUGCCUGAAUCCUAUCAGCGCAGUUUGUUUGCUAGUUUCGUCGCUUUCAAAUAUAUCUUCCAGUAUGGUCUAUCGGCCUCCGCCGUCGAUUUCUUCCAUUUCUUCUCUCAUUUCAAAGAUGAUGCCACCGAAGCGACCAAGAAUCCUUCCGCUUCCUGA